AUGUCUUUAUUAGAUCAAGAUAUAAACGUCGACAUAGUUCCCUCGUCACCAAAAUAUAUACGAAAUGUGGGAGUUAACAGUUUUCAGAAGCCAAUGGGUGAGAAACAUGGAUCCGAAGAAAUUCGUGCACUGUAUUAUGGUAUUAAGUCGUUACUGGAAUUUGAAGUUGUUGACGAGUCUGAAAAUUUUAUCGAACAAAUCAGAGACAAAAGUUGUUAUGAUGUUAUGGUAGAGUACUCUGACAAUAAUGUUUUGUAUCGUUUGGAAUGGGGAAUGAGAAAUGGCCUAAUUCGUGCGACGUUUUUGCCAGAGCUUGUUGGAGAAAGGCAAAUAAUUGUACGACUUGUCGAUAAGAGAUCAAACUCAAUACGGAAAUCAACCUGUACCAGCCAAAUGCCCAUUAACAUCCUUUGCGCACCUUGUUCACCCUCGCUAACUCUGCAGUUCCUCGAUAAUCAUCUUGAACGACGAUGUACGGCCGGGAAAGAUUUCAUUUUUCAGGUACCCUUCUACGACAUAUUUGGUAAUCCUGUACACAAGGACUCGAAAGAAACGUGUCAAAUAGAUGCUCAGGCAUCGCCUUCCAAAACAGAAGCAAAACAAUAUCGAAAUGAGCAGGUUAAUGUUGAAAAAGAUAUUGCAUCGAAAGAUUUAAGUUUUGUUGCCACUGUGUGUUUCGAAACUGCUGGUCUUAGAAAGGUAAAGUUUACCGUAAAUUCUGGUUCUCAGGCAUGUUUGAAAGAUAUUUCUGUCAAAGUUCUUCCCUCUACUCCACAUCACUUGAAUAAUGUUAAAUUUACAACAAUUGGUGCUGUUGAUGAAAGCUUUUUUGCGGAUCCUUCUGUGAUGUAUAAGAACCAGUGGUCAACCGUCAAGCAGACAUGGCUGAUUGCUACGACAAUAUUGUACGGGAACUGGGUAACGACUACAACAUUAGCUUGA